UUCGAAUGCGUGCUACGACUGUCCGCAUGUCGAAGUGUCCUUGGGCAAGACACUGAACCCUAAUUUGCUCUCAGUGGGCCUGGCAGUGCCUCGCAUGGCAGCAGUCGCCCAUUGGUUUAUGAAUGUGUGUGUGAAUGUGAGGCUGUGUAAAGCGCUUCGGGCACUGUGACGGUGCAGAUAAAGCAUGAGAUAUGUGCAGUCCAUUUACCAUUUAUUUUUCAUAAAAUAUCAAAUAAACGACUUUUUUUUUUAAUGCAUCUCAAGAUUCAAAUUAAGAUUGCUGGUUGCAUUCCUUAACCGAAGAGCAUUGACGUCCGUAUUCUUGGGUUACUUUCGCCGCAAGUUGUCGACUUCUUACCGUAAUGCCUCGUAUGAACGAAAUUAGGGGCGGCAGGCUUGACUUCUACUUUACCAGUGGGGGCUGGCUUGACCGCAGUGAAUGGACUGGCGUACCGCGGAGGAGUUUUGCCAUAAGGAAGUGGACCAUUCUGCUGCUUCACCGCGGAGGAGGUGGCAGGCAGUGGACAGAACUGGCGGCUGGCGUGCUGGCAGGAAUGACGUGGGUCAGGAACACAGGGGAGCACUGGGAAAGAGGAGACACGAGAGUUAACAAGGAAACUUAUCAACAGACACAAGACGUGACCGUCAGGUCGUCAAUCAUUUGCUGUGCACUCACGGCCACACUGAUAGCCGGUCACCACCCUGCAGCCUCGCCCUGACUUGUGAGUUUGGGCUUCAGGACCUUUGCUGAAGCUAUUUUGGAAUAUCCACAUCUGGAAAAUCCAAACUGCCUAUCCUUUGUUUGCUCACAACUGGCCAUAAGAAUAGCAAACGGAAGCAGAGCGAAGGGACCUCAGGCAGCUGAGAGGAUUCAGAAGCGAUGCAGAAUUAGCAACAUUUCUGCUUGACAGGUCACAGCCGGUGAGUUUGAACCAUGGGCAAGGCCGGGAGUAAAGUCCUCAGGGAGGCCGCUGUGGACGGGCUGCAGGCGCAGUCAACUCCUCCCGCCGUCGUUCCUCCGCCGCCUCCUCCUCCUCCUCCUGCUGCCACCGUCCAUUUCCAAGGAGUCACAAAAACCAAGAAGAUGAAGGUGAAAUGGACUCAAGUGGGUUUGGUGUUCUUUCUCGUGCUGUCCAUGGUGAUGACGGGAUGCUUCUUCUGGCAGUAUCAGCUUCCAAAGAUGCAGCCAGAUGAAGGGCUGGCCGGCGACGCCAAAGCCGAGAUGAGGUGUCCUCGAUUCCCAGAGCCUGUUCCGCUGCAACAUCCCAUUCCUGGUCUGAAAGAGGCCCUGGAAAAGGUGGACAUUUUGCUGCGCCAGAGCCUCAAUCCAAUCAGCCUGCCAGCUCUCUCCGCCAUCGUCAUCCUGAACGACACGGUUUUAUGGACCGGCAAUUUUGGCAAGAGGAACAGCUCGGAUGCAUUCUCAGGACCCCCCAAUGAGUACACCAUCUACAGAAUCGCCAGCCUGUCCAAAAUCUUCCCCACGUUGAUGCUGUACCGGCUGUGGGAGGAUGGCAAGAUCGGCUCGCUGGACGACCCGCUGGAGAAGUACGUGGACAACUUCACUAUCAAGAAUCCCAUGGGGAGGACGCGGGAAUCGGAGCUCAAAUACGUGACGGACGGUCUGAUCUUUCUGGACAGCGGCGAGGUGCCCGUACGCUCUUCCUCAGUGACAUUGCGCAGGAUGGCCAGCCAGCUCUCUGGCCUGCCCAGGAGACUCAGGGCAACAAACCUUCUCUGGAAAGGAAAGACUCAGUCGGCAAUCAACCUUCUGCAGGACGAUGUCCUGGUCGCCGACCCGGGAACCAAAUGUCACUACAGCAACCUCGCCUUCUCGCUGCUGGCACACGUGAUGUCAGAGCGCGUGGUCAACGUGGACUACCAGCGUUGGGUCUCGGAAAACAUCCUGGACCGUCUUGGCAUGGAGGACACCGGCUUCGACAUCACGCCUGGCCUCCAGGGCCAGGUGGCCGUGGGCGUGUACUCCAACGGGAAGCCCGCCCCGCUGUACGACCUGGGCUGGUAUCGCCCGUCGGGUCAGAUGUUUUCCACAGCGGCGGACCUGGCCAAGCUGGCCAUGAUGCUGCUGGGCGCUUAUCACCGCAAGCUUCUGGAUCCCGACUCCUUGAAGAUCAUGCUCACGCCCCUGUUCAGAUGUGACAAGGACUACUUCGCCAACCGCACCGGGACCCCGUGGGAGGUGAACGAACUGCUGGGCUACGAGAUGGUGCGCAAAGAUGGCGACCUAGACGGCUACUCAGCUACCUUCUCCCUGGUGCCGCGACUCAAGCUCGGCCUGGUGGUGCUCAUGGCCGGAGGUCGGUCCCAGAAGCAGGACGUGGUGGCCAAAGCCUACCGCCACAUCGUCCCUGCUGUAGAAAAGGCCUUCAGGGAGGCCAAUAGAGUGCUCUCUGCGCCCCCGAACCCGGAAGCCUACGCGGGCUUCUUCACCUACAGCAACAUGACCUUCUACGAAAUCAAAGCCGGCUCGGACGGCGUUCUCACCAUGCAGCAGUUCGGCCCUCAAAUCGAAGAGCUGAUCCCGCAAAAGUACCGGACCAUAAAGCUCAACUACCUGGUGGAGCGCGUCUUCAGGGUGGUCUUCGAAAGGGAGUACCCCUGCGUCCUCAGGGUGGGCUCGGCCUCCGUGUCCCUGGAGGCGCAAGACGGUCAACUGUUCAACUUCUACGCGUACGACAAGCGCGGCUUGUCCCCUGGGUUCGACGCGCCGGGGCUGAACACGUACAAUGUGGUCAGGAUAUCGCGCAAGCCGUCCUUCUCCAGCUGAGUGGCGGCUAUCUAAAAGGGAGUUGUUAGCAUUCUGGCCUGGUUGACAGGGAUUGGUACAUAAUGAAGGCAAUUAUGUGGAGGAGGGCAUGAUGUUGUGAAAGUGAGUCAUUUUCUCCGCUACUCACACUGGUACCAUAGAUCAUUUGGUCUCCUGCCUGCACAGGCCGUUGAUAAUGUCCUUCACGCUUUUCAUCCGCUCUCCAUUCAACCUUUUGUGUCUUUGUCUCUUUUUUUUUUUUUUUUUUUUUUUUUUUUAUGUAUUAUUAUUAUUAGUUUAUUUUUUUUUAACCACUGCAGAAUACAUGUUUUACAGUGAACCCUCGCCCUCUGCAGGAGUUCAGGACCAAAUGGCGAAAAUCUGCGAGUAAUUGAUGCCUUUCUCCAAAAAUUGUUUAGAAUUGCCUAUGGAUAGUUGAAACACUAAAUAUACCCUAAACUACAAUCAUAAAUCUUACAACAUUAUCCUUAAACAAUAAAUGGCUUACAGAGGAUUUGAAUUUGGGAAAAUGCACUGGAAGUUCGCAACCUGUAAAAAUACCAAUUACUACUUUCCUAUUAGGCACUUUAGAAAGUGCUUGACUCAAUGAUACAUCGACAGUCUCAUUUUGAUUUAAAUACAGACAGAGUAGUGCAAAAGCUGGUGUACAGUUUUUACAGGGUGUCCCUAAAGUCACGAUGCACUUCCCUUUUUCGUUUCAGGUAUCACUGGGACAGACGUGAUGCUUUCAUCAUUUCACAACUUUGGCUUUGCAGUAUUUUGUAAGCAUUCCCAUGGCUCGCCAAUUGACAUUGGAACAAUGUCGCAAAAUGACUGCUUGACAAGAAGUUCACUGUUCUAUGACACAUUUUUACACGAUGCGCAAAUAGGUGAGUUUUUCAGCAAAUAGUUGUCGGUUAGUCAAAAUAAAGAAAUCAGUCACAAUAAAUCAGUUUAUUCGUGAAUAGGCGGGGGUUCACUGUAUUUCACAUUUUUGCACAGUUGUUGCUGAUUACAGUCCCUUUUCGUCAUUCUUAUUCUUUCCUCACUUUGAGAAAUUAUUUUGUAUUCUGAUGCGCAUUUGCCACAACAUUUAAAUAAAAGCCAAUACAAGA